ACGUAUCGGGACGAUUUAGUCAGUCCGGGAAGCUGGUUCCAUGCACCCUUUGAUUCCCUCAACACGCCGGAUACUCACUCAUAUGUCCCAGGGCAGUUUGGCCCUCAUAUCUUUGAUAACCAUGGGGAACUAAUCUGGAGCGGGGCUAUGCUUUUCAAUCGGUCCAACGUGUAUGACUUUCGCAAAAUAAGAUACCGAGGAUCUGAUGCAUUGUCCCUUAUAGCGGGCGACGUGGGACCGGUUUCAGUCGCUACAGCGAGUGGGGUGGGCAUCAUCUUGAACUCUGCAUACGAGAUUGUCAAGACUGUUUAUGCGAGCGACGGGGAGAAGCAAGUGCAUAUUGAUAUGCACGAGUUCAAUGUCAUUGAAGAUGGAAACAGCGCUUUAGUACUACUUGCGAAGAAAAGCCUGCCAGGCGAAUCACCCCUCCCAGAGAACGCCAACGCAACCGUUAGGAAUAACGGCUUCCAGGAGGUUGAGAUAGAAACGAACAGGGUCAUUUUUGAAUGGUGGGCAUACGACUAUGUUCCGGCAUCCGAUUCUCAUUCCGCACAACCUGAAGAUGCUUACCACAUAAAUUCAGUUAAAAAAACACCCCAGGGCCAUUAUCUUGUGUCUAUGCGACACCAGUCUGCGAUAUUUCUCAUAUCCAGCGUCGAUGGUUCUAUCAUCUGGCAAUUGGGUGGCCCGCGCUCCUCAUUCAUUCAUACAAACGAUUUCAACUUCAGUUCACAGCACGACGCCCAAGUCUACAGCCAAAACGAAACUCAUACAGUGAUAUCGUUCUUAGACAAUGCCUCUGAUGGCGUGUCGAUCACUGGCGCUUGUUCUUCCGCAUUGCUAGUCUCGUUAGCAACGACUACGGCUCCGAUGAUAGCAACUGUCAUUCAAAAGUGGGACAGGCCUGACGGCUUAUACACUGCCCGCCGUGGGAAUAUUCAAUUCUUGGAGAAUGAGAAUAUUUUGGUUUCAUGGUCUGAAUCUGGAUACACAAGCGAGUUUUCGUUAGACGGAACCCUUGUUCAGCAAGUCUACAGUCAAUAUGAAAGAUUUGCCGAGUAUAGGCAGUACAAGUUCAACUGGAAGGCCUCGCUACAUGUGAGUGAACCCAUUGCAUUUGCCUCCCAUGUAUACGGAGCAACGAAAGAUACAGCCACAACGGUUCUCUACGCGUCAUGGAAUGGAGCAACCGAAGUGGAGUCUUGGAACUUUUAUAGCUCAGAAUCACCAGAGCAAAUCCAGCAGCCGUCCCUCAUCGCCAAGACUGCAAAAAAGGCCUUUGAGACCGUUGCUAUGAUUCCAGGGCAACACUCUUUCACCUUUGUAGAAGCAGUGUCCAAGGACGGUACAAGCUUACAGAAUUCCACUAUACAAAUAUCUCAGCUGCCACCGUCGUACGUUUAUGAGCAGCAAGGUCAUCCCAAUCCCGCAGAUAACAAAACUGUCCUCAAUCAGCUAGGCAUGAUCGUGGCCGAGCAACCGACGCGGUAUUGGAUGUUUGCGCUAUCAAUAGCGGUAUUUGCCGCAUUGGUCAUAUACAUUACGAUACAAUUGUGGAAAUGUUGCAUUCGCAGGAGGGUUCUAAAAUAG